GCUUGACCGUUCUGUAUGGGCCUGUGAGCGGCGAGCAGAAAGAUUUUACGCAAUUGUCUAUUUUGGGGAUCCACUCGGAUCCAUUGCUUAACGUGAUCAAGCGGCGUAGGCCGUUUUGCGAACAGCGUGUGCACAUCUCGGUCCGCCAUGGAGAGCGAGACCGCGAGUGCGCUGCAUCUCGACGCACUCUCCAAAGUGCAUUCAGUGUCGCUGCCGGAACUAGCCAGCAUUGAAGCGAAGCGACUCGUUCGGUACCUCGAAUCGCACUUCCAGGCCGGACCUUCAAGUGACCAUCCUUCAACGGCAACCUCCUUCGUACCACGGCGAGGGUUGUGGGCCGAGAAGAACGCAUCGCCCGCAGCAGCAGCGGCGGCAAGCGCGGCGCCCCAACCUGCCUUCGUUAGGGGUGCUCGCCGAGCGCCAACGGGGGUGCGGUUGAAUAGGCUGCUUCCACAAUGGCAUAGCUUGCACAACACAAGAUGCAGAAAGUGUGCCAUUGCCAUGGUUCCUGGUGUCAAUACGACACUUGAAGCGGUAACCACGGACUUGGAUGAAACGCAAGGAGUAGUAGAACCCCGAGCCGAGAGCAGGGCUAAUUCACUUAGCGGACGAAUGAGGUCGAGGCGGGCGGGUCAUCUCGCACUCUGCCUUCACUGCGGGGCAAGAAGAAUCCCUCCGAAACCAGCAAAGCGACGGGCUGUCAGAAAGAGGAUUGAAGGCAGCGUUGUUGAACCAAGGUUUGCUCGCUUUUCCCAACCGAACCACCCUACCGCCAACACGCCUCAAUCUAGCCCCAACAAGGUGUCAGAAGGCAAGCAUCAGCCUAUGCCAACGGAUCAGCAGCCAGCACAAGCUCGAAUAUCAGAGAAUAGGCCCAUGACUCUCGAUGAAAAAGCUGCACAUAUUCGAGCAGAAAAAAAACGACUAUUGAAAGCGGCUGCCAUCAUCCCUGCCGGUACUUUCACUGCUGGUCCGAGCAAACUGCCCACUUUGCCGCAGGCUCAACAUACUCCAUCGAUACUGCUCGCCGCAUCGGCCGUGAAUUCGACGUCUCCGGUAGCCGCCAUGCAAGGAACACCAGCAGCACCAUCAGUGAUGCUAACAACACCGGCAACUCUAUCCCCCGACCCUGUCUCGACAGUGGCAGGGGCAGGAGUAAUAGCUCCUACCACUGCUCAAGCUAUAGCUCGACCGAUGACGCUCGAUGAGCGUGCGGCACUCGCGAAAGCCGAGAAACGGCGCCAACGAAAAGAACAAAAAGCGAAAGACACUAAAGAUACAGCAGGACCUAUAUCUACAGAAGCAGGGCGAGACUCUUCCGGCACCGCUGCUGCACCGAAGGAUUCUAGUGGAACACAAGAGCGCAGAGAUAUGACGGAUCUAAUGGCUCUACUUGCAGCUAACAAGGCGAGGAAAGAGAAGGUAUCGUCUGCACGAAGUGAGAACACGGGCCCCGUCGGCGGAUUGCGAAGUUUCUUCGGUUGACAUAUCCAUAAGUCGAAAGCGCUACAAUUGAAGUCAAUCUUAAUGAAUACAUGCAAUAUUGGGUG